GAUCGAAACGAAAGUUUACUCUCUUGAUUUUUUUACCAUAAAACCAUCCACAGUAAACUCAGACCUAAAACAUCAAUUUAUUACUAUUGUUUCGUCGCUUCAAUCAAAAUGUCCAAGGUGAAUGAGAAAGAUGCUGCUGCUGCCACACCUGAAACCUCAGUGGGGGAAGAGAAAACUAAUCUUGCCGUUUCCUUGGGGUCAAGCUCUUCACAUGCACAACCUGCACCUGCUAUGCCCUUCAUGCCUGGAUCUGUAUUUCAUGCAAAUCCUUGUGACUUCUUCUUAUCUAUGGCGGGUCUACUUAAUGUAUGGUUACAUGAUCCAAGAAUUAAGGAUAUAGCAAAGCAAAUAGAAAACGAUCCAUCAUUCAACAAGAUGGCUGAGCAAUUUCGGCAGACUUUUCAUGGUGACGGCGUUCGUCAGUUUGAUGUCAAACGACAGUAUUUUUUAACCAUGGAGCAGCAGGUUAUGCAAAACCCUCAGCUCAUGAAGAUGGCGAAAAGUCUUGGUACUUUCAUCAUGCAGGAUCCAUCAGUGUCUCAGAUGCUUGAAAGUUUAUCUAAUCCCGCUAAAAAGGAGCAGCUUGAAGUACGGAUGGCGCGUAUCAAAGAAAAUCCAUCUUUGAAACCUAUUUUAGAAGAGAUAGAAUCUGGUGGUCCAACAGCUAUGAUGAGGUACUGGAAUGAUGAAGAUGUUUUAAAGAAAGUGGGUGAAGCCUUGGGUCUUGCAGUCACGGAAGAAGCUACUGCUUGUGCUGGGCAUCGAGUUGCAGAUAGCCGAAAGUUACAGGAGCUGCAGCAGGUUGAUGAGGGUGUUAAGGAUAUGAAGGCUAAGUUGAUGAGCUUACAGAAGCAGCAGCAGCUCAAGGAGGAGAUUGUUAAGGUUCAAAAGGCUAAGUUGACGAGCAUACAGGAGAAGAAGCGCCAGCUUGACAUGGUGUUUGAGGUUAGUAGGGCUGAGUUGAUGAGCGUGCUGGAGCAGUACCAGCAUAACGAGCAAUCUGAGGCUUUGAAGGCUAGGUUGAUGAACUUACGGGAGCAGCAGCAGGAGCAGCAGGAGCAGCAGCAGCUCAUCAACCAUGAUAUCUUCACUUUGUCUCAGAUUGUUGCCACUGCUGAGCAGGAAGUUGCUGCUGAUAAGCAGAGGAUUGCUCCUCUUGUGCAGGUGAAUGCUGUUCUUGAGCAGAGGCUUGCUGCUCUUGAGCCGAGGUUUGCUGCUAAGGAGCAGGCUACUGCUUGUGCUGGGCAUACAGUUGCAUAUAUCCGAAAGAAGCAGCAGCAGUUUGAUGAGGAGGUUAAGGCUAUGAAGGCUGAGUUGAUGAGCAAACAGAAGCAGCAGCAGCUCAAGGAGGAGGAGGUUAAGGCUAAGAAGGCUAGGUUGAUGAAGAUGCAGGAGCUGCAGGAGCGGGGGCAGCUCGUCAACCAUGAUGUCUUCACUAUGUUUCAGAGUGUUGCCACUGCUGAGCAGGAGGUUGCUGCUCUUAAGCAGUGGACUGCUGCUCUUGAGCCUAUGAUUGCUGCUAUGGAGCAGAGGAUUGCUGCUAUGGAGCCGAUGAUUGCUGCUGUGGAGCAGGCGAUCACCAUGGCUAAUGAUCACACCGAGCCCGUGAGGGCACGUGUUGGAGUCAGUGUUGCCGUUACUAUUGGCGUGUUUUCUCAUGUCUAUCGUUAGACCUAUCGUGGGCGGGUAAUAUUAUAGGAUGAAACUUGUGUCGAUGAGGCUUUGUACCCCCAUCCAUUUUGUAUCUUUUGUAAACUAUGUAACAAGUUAUUCUAUCUAUAUGUAAUGGGAUUGAUCCUAAAUCUAUAUAUAAUCUAAAAUUUAGUUACA